GUUUCUUUCGACUGUGCCUGCGCGGACUUGCCUCGUUCUCCAUAAUGUAGCGCGACAGAUAAUAAUUUAUAUUCGAAUUCGUCCGCUUCCCGGGAUAAACUUUCUUGUUUUGGCAACUGCUGCUGCUGCUGCUGCAUUAGCGGGAGGUAUCAGGUAUUCCGUCAAAAAGAGAAGAGAGAGCAGGGACGUCACGUUAAUAUGUAAAUUAGCGAAACGCACAAGAAGCGAGGUGUCAACCGCGAGCCGCUGGACACUUUAGCCCCAAUGGUCAAGAUGAGUCUGCGCAGGAUUCUGCCGUGGAUGUGGUGCUUCCUGAUCACGAGCGAGUGUUACAACAUGAAGAGCAGAAGCGAGGACAGUUCGAAGUUGAUACGUAUCGGCGGUGAUAUUAUCCUCGGCGGGAUCUUUCCGAUGCACGAGCAGGUCGCAGGCUCCAUCGGUCAAUCGCCGUGCGGAGCCGUCAAGGAAGAGAAGGGCAUGCAACGAUUGGAAGCCAUGUUGUACGUACUGGACGAGAUUAAUGCUGAUGCGGAGCUCCUGCCGAAUACAACGCUGGGCGCUCUCAUCCUCGACUCUUGCAGCAGCGACACUUACGCCUUGGACCAGAGCAUGGAGUUCGUCAGAUCAUACAUGAAUCAAGACAUAUCGGAAUACAAGUGCGAGAACGGCAAGACGCCCACCUACGUUCCUUACAAACCGGUCACCGGCGUGAUAGGCGCUGCGUUCAGCGUGGUCUCCAUCAUGGUCGCCAAUAUCUUGCGGCUUUUCAGAAUACCUCAAAUGAGCUACGCGUCCACCAGCACGGAGCUUUCGGACAAGAGCCGCUUCGAGUACUUUAGCAGGGUAGUGCCGCCGGACAAUUUUCAAGCGCAGGCGAUCGUCGAGGUGAUCCAUCUACUCGGCUGGAAAUACGUUUCUACGGUCGCGGUGGAAGGCGAGUAUGGCGAGAAGGGCAUCGCCAGCUUCAUCGGGCUCUCGGCGGAAUACAACAUCUGCGUCGCAGUUAGUGAGAAGAUCCUUCGGAACGCGAGGACCGAGGACUUCGACAGGAUAAUCGACCGUCUGAGCUCGAAGCACAACGCCAGGGGGGUCAUAUUGUUUGUUGACGAGGAUAACAUAAGGAAGCUGCUUCAGGCAACGGUAAGGGCCAAUCGUACGGGCCAUUUCAUGUGGGUGGGUAGCGAUUCGUGGGGCGCCAAAGUUUACCCAGUCCGCGAUCAGGAGUUCGCGGCGGAGGGUGCCAUCACCAUUCUGCCCUAUCGGAACGCCCUUCAAGGUUUCGACGACUACUAUUUGAGCCUGCGGCCGAGAAUGGGCGACGAGUGUCGAGGGCAGACCGAGAGCAAUGUUCCCCAUAAGUUGCCGGGGAAGAUGGUGAACUGCCGGAAUAUCUGGUUCCAGGAGUUCUGGUCGCAGCAUCACAAGUGCACUUUCAGCGUGAACGCGUCGAGCGACGUGACGCGCUGCACCGGCAUGGAGGACCUCGUCGAUUACGAGCAGGAGGGCCUUGUGCCUUUUGUCGUGGAUGCAGUUUACGCCAUGGCACACGGUGUUCACAAUGUCAUUGAGGAAGAAUGCGUGAAUAAUCUUGGCACGGCGCAUUAUCUCUGCGAAGCGCUUCAACCAGCGCCGGAGGGCCCGCAACUGCUCCAAUACAUCCGCAACGUUAGUUUCAUUGGUCGCCAAAACACGGAGAUUAAGUUCAAUGCCGACGGAGACGCUUACGGAUUUUACAACAUCUAUCAAUAUCAGAGGAAAGAGGAGGGUCGCUUCGAUUAUACCCUCAUCGGCACGUGGAAGGAAGAGCUCAGUCUGGACAUUAACAUGACACGAUGGGCGAGCGGUGUCGGCGAGUUUCACAUUCCCCGUAGCACGUGCAGCGAAAACUGCCCGAUGGGACACAUCCGCAAUUUUGUAGAACCCUGCUGUUGGAGUUGCGUCGCAUGCCGGGAGGACGCUUACGCGUACAACGACACGUGCAAGAGCUGCAAACCCGGCCACGCGCCGAACUCCACGAUGACCGGCUGCAUCAAGCUCACCGCAGAGGUCAUACCCUGGACGAGUCCUUGGGCGUUGGUGCCAUUAAUCUUCGCGUCCAUCGGGAUCCUCAGUACCCUCUUCACCACCGUCGUCUUCAUUCGAUUCAAUCGCACCCCGGUGAUCAUGGCGUCAGGUCGCGAGCUGUGCUAUGUACUGCUGGUCGGCAUUCUCUCGUGCUACGGCAUGAGCUUCGUCAUACUGAGCAAGCCGACUACGUGGAAUUGCACGUACCUGAGAAUCGGCCUCGGUCUCUGUCUCAGUAUAUGCUACAGCGCGAUCCUCACGAAGACCAAUCGCAUAUCGCGGAUAUUCAACCAGAGUACGAAGAGGAUCAAGAGGCUCUCCUACACAUCGCCGAAGAGCCAAGUGGUAAUAGCUAGCGGGAUAACCGCAGUCCAGCUCAUCGGCACUACCGUGUGGCUGAUAAUCGAGCCGCCAGAUACCACAGAGAUCCACCCGUAUCCGCUGUCGGCGGUGCUGACGUGCCGCGUCUCCACGUUCUCGCUGAUGAUGUCCCUCGUCUACAACAUGUUCCUGAUACUGAUGUGCACCCUAUACGCAUUCAAGACCCGCAAGAUCCCGGAAGACUUCAACGAGGCGAAAUACAUCGGCUUCACCAUGUACUCCACGUGCAUCGUCUGGCUCGCCUUCGUGCCGAUUUACUUCGGCACCAACAACGACUACAAGGUUCAGAUCGCGAGCAUGUGCAUGUGCAUCAACAUCUCCGCCUCGGUCGCCCUCGGCUGCCUCUUCACGCCCAAGGUCUACCUGGUGCUGUUCCAGCCCUACAAGAAUGUUCGCCCGGGACACCCCAACACGACGGCGACGAGCAAUCGCGGGGCGUACAGCAUGCGAUUCACCGGUGGGCGCAGCCAGACGAUGCAGAGCAUGACCUCGGGCUCGCGCAGCAGCCCCCCGAUGUCCCGCGGGGCGGGACGUGACGAGCGGAAGCACGCGAACGGUGAGACUCAGGCGCUGGCGAGUCCGUCGGUCGAGGAGACCUCCGUUAGCUAG